CUGAAAUAAUAUUUAUGAAAAUGAGGAAUCUUGUCUUCAAGCUAGUUAUUCUUUCCCUAAUCUUAGGCUUGGUUGUCCCAAAGUUUGGAGUCCUCAAAAGGUUCAGGAAAGACCCUGACCUGAAUCUAGAGAAGACUCAGAAGAAGGCUGACAAGAACUUGAGGAUGCUCUUGGUGAUGCUGCAGUCUUUCAGACUCAUUAUGGAAGGGUUCCAAGACUAUAGUCUUCCAAUACAAGAAAUGCUUUCCUUCUCUAAUUUGGCCAUUGGGGUUGUCCUGAGGUUGUUCAACUGUGAGACUCUCAGUUGAAUAACCCCUGAACUUGUCAUGCAGAAGUUGUUUUAUGAAUUCAGAAACUUUGCUCGAGAAGUUAUAUCAGAGUCUGAAUAUGGCUAUUAUAUGCUGUUCUAUUCGUAUGCUCGAAAAGAAUUAGGAGUUAUUAGCAAGAUCAUUAGCACAAAGGGUUUUGAUGAAUUCACACAGAACUCAAAUUGCACACGCAUGAGAAUUGCACAGUACUUCAUGCCAACUUUUAAAGGAAAUGAUACUUCUAAUUGCUCUCAAUUCGAUGAUAUUAUGAUUAGUUUUUCAGAACAGCCGACUGAUCCUGGAGUAAACUAUAUACCUUUGCUUAUGAAACUGAUCAUCAUCAUGAUUCUUUCAGUUUCAAUUCAUAUUUCUUCCACCUUACUUCUUCACGAAUGGGAGACAUAUAAACUCCAAAGAAGUUGAGUCCCCACAGUAUUAAAUACAGAGCUUAGUCUAAAGCCAUCUAAACACCCAGAUGCAAUGAUGAUACCUUUAAAUAUCCCAGCGAUUUUGGAAGAGUCUCAGGAAUCUUCAAGCUCUCCUUCUAUUCUCCCAUCAAAGCCCGAAUUCUCUGUUCAGCCACGUCGAUCAAAGAUGAGGCCAUCCUUGAGUGUCCUAGGCAUCCAAAAGUAA